AUGGAUGAUGCAGCAACCAGCGAUAGAGACAUCCAGGCAACCUACCCUUCAGGCGUAUCCUUUGUCCAUGUCCAGCAUCCAGGAUCUCCGCCUCAAUCUCAAAGGCGCCGUGCCGAGCUGUCCUGCGAGCCGUGUCGGAAGCGCAAGUUGCGGUGCGAGGCUUCAGAAAGCCUGCCCGGGAUUUGCGUGAGAUGCCGGAGGGAUGGAAAGACUUGCAAAUUCCGCACUGUCAAAUAUAGGCGCAGGCGAAUCCAGCCAUCGACGGAUGCAUCUGCGCCAACAUCGGCAGCCAACGAUCAGGCAGGAGGCGAUGCGGACAGUACUGAGCCACAAAAUCAGGCGACAACCGCGGUGUCAGUGACAAGCCAGCAGCCAUGGCUCACAGUACCAAGUGAAAUGCAAUACGAGCAUGGCUCUGAGGUGCGGCACCCUCUGGACCUUGACAGUAGUCCGGGGACCGCAUCCAACAGUACGGCGAACUUAGACCCAAAAAUGACAAUCAUGUCAAUGCAAAUGCGCAAUACUGCUGAUGCACUCGAUCUCCUUACCUUUGCUGCAACCACGGAACGGCAAUUCAAGCGUUUCAGUUCUCCAGAGAAAGGCAGCGCACCUGGAAACGCCGGAAGCUUCUUGCAAGGAGAUAGUGCACGAACGGACAUCGCAAUUGAAAGUGAUAGCAGGUGGAAUCAAUGCUACUUAAUCCAGAGAAGGCUAGUCUCAGUACAUGAAGCCAUCGAGUACAUCGGGUUUUUCUUCUCAUACCUCUGGCCACUCAAGCCCGUGAUCCCAGCAUAUUACAAGGAUCCAUCCAAGUAUGUUCUGCUGGCAACGGAGGAACCAGUGCUGUUGAAUACAGUGAUAGCACUGGCCUCGCGAUAUCACACUCUCACUGGCAGCCACGGCGAGAUCAGGUCUGAGCGAAUACACUGGCAGGUAUGGAGUACUCUGCAGACAUUUCUACAAUCAGCCAUAUGGGGUUCUAUCAAGACGCGAUCCCUGGGAACAAUCGCCUCUAUGCUGCUACUGAUCGGCUGGCAUACUAGAGCGAUCCAUAACCCAGGCUCGUUUGGUUUGGAAGGCAACAGUCUCAUGACUGAUUCCCCGUUGAGGGUGGCGGGAAAUGACAGACUUGAAAACGCUGGGAACCUAAUCAGUAUGCAGAAGCUCAGUCAUUUGGGUGGCCUCGAUAUUAUGUCGUCUGCCUACCGUAGCAAUAAAAUGUCGUGGAUGCUGCUUGCUAACGCCAUUGCACUGGCGCAGGAAGGCUGUUGCUUCGAGAUCGAGACUCCCAACCUGAUAGACGACGAGAAAACGGCCGAACGAAGCUGGGCUUGUGUCGUCUGCGUCUUCAUCUACCUCAUCGACGAGCACCUGGCGAUAAGACUGGGCUUGGAACCCCUGCUGCCCGAGAAGUCGAGAAGCAUCGUCGUUCAUAGCUUCUCGAAGGUCUUCGCCUCCGCAUUGCCGGAGAGGGAUCACUGGGAGAGCUACUUUGAGCUGACAGAAGAGAUAAGAAAUACCAGAGAGUACUUGCACGGGCUUAAGCAGACGGCUUCGAGACCCUAUAGCUAUGAUGUGGUGCCUGUCCUCGAGCACACACAGCGUAGGUUGGAGCGCUGGCGUUGUCAGUUUGCGGUUCAGGACCAAAGAUCUCUUCUGGGCGCGUGCCUGUCUAUAGAAGUCCGGUAUGCCGUGAUCUACAGCCUGUCGCCCGCAAGCCAUGUCAGGGUCUCCGAGGUCGACGAGGUGGGGCUCUUGAGGGUGCAGAACCUACGCGAUGCUGCGGUACGGGCUGCUCGGGAGCUAUUAUCUUUGGUCACUGAUGUGCUGGAACCUUCCAAUUUACUCCGCUACAUCCCGGUGCAUUGCUGGCUUUUCACGAUGGCUGCCUCACUGCACCUUUUGAAGGAAGCACUUCUUCAUGAACCAAAUAUCACGGACCAAGAUCUGGAUAUACAACUCCUUCGCAAGACCGUUGAGGCCUUGCGGCGGGGUGCACCGGAUGAUGUCCACACGGCAGGCCGGUUCUCCCAGAUUAUGGGUUAUCUUGUGGAUGCAGUGCUAAAGCCAUCCGCAAACUCGGCGCGCGCCUCUCAGUUUGGCCAGGCGCCGCUAAGGAUGCUCGACAUUUCUGGUUCGAUUCCCUUGAACGGGGCUUUUGACUCGCCUUUGGGCGAUCUGUUAUGGUGGAACGAUGCUUUAAGCCUGCUGGAGGGGCAUCCAUCUUCUUAUGAUGCGUCAGAGCGGUAA